UGUGCAUGGUCCAGCAUGAAAAUAUUAUGUAGAUUAUCAUUUCUUCUGUCACCGGCGUUGACUGACUUACUGAGUAGACUGGUUUUGAUCUCGUCAGAUUUAGAAGGAAUUCCUCCAGUUUUGAGCUGCUUCAGAGCUUCUGGGAACGAGAAGAGGCAGUAACCAGGCAAUUUUCCAGAAUGCCUGUUGAGCCACUGACAGCAACGCAAACAGUUGUAGCAGGAGCCGAUUUUGCAAUUAAACAAGGUACAGGCAUACUCAGCUAUCUGACACGUAAAUAUGGUUAUGUGAAACGUAUGCAGGAGAAUUAUGACAAACUUAUGAAGGAAUAUAGUAAACUAUGCGCUCAAGAGGAAGAUGUGAGGAACAAACUGGAAAGAAAUGAAACAGAAGUAGAGGAGACAAAUGAAUGCAAACACUGGCGGAACGAAGUGAAAAAAAUCAAAGAUGAUAUCAACGAAUUGAAGACAGAGUACCUAAAGGUUUCCAAAUGCUUUUGUGGACUAUGUCCAUUUUGUUAUCUCCUGAAUCUUGGUAGAAGAAUUGUAGAAAAGAUUGGGGACGUAGUUUCUUUGAGAGAAGAAAGGGGCAAGAUAAGUAUUUUAAUUAUUAAGAAGGCACCGGCUCCACAUAUAAGGAAUCCUACCAACAGAAGUAGCGAAUUUCAGUCGAUUGAUGGGGACUUAAGAAUGCUACGGGAGUAUCUGAGGAAUGAGAAUAUCAAAACAAUUGGCGUGAGGGGACCGAUAGGAGUUGGGAAAACUACAAUAAUGAACUGUCUGCAGCAAGAAAUGGAGAAAUGUAAUGACUUUGAGAUUGUUUUUUGGGUAAGUGUAGGCAGAAGAAAAAAUAUUGAAGGAUACAUACAAAAAGAACUUCUGAAGCGGUUGAAAAUAAAAUUAAAAAAUUUCAGCGAGGAAGAAAGAAAAAGCAUGCUUUAUAAUCAGCUGAAGAAGUACAAGAGCUAUUUAUUGUUACUUGAUGAAGUUUUUUCCAACAUUGAUUUGGAAAAAGUAGGCAUUAAUGAUGAACAAAAUGGAAAGGUGGUCUUUGCAUCCAGGUAUAUAGAUGUUUGUGAGCAUGGGGACGAAGAGAUCGAAGUGAAGAGAUUGUCAAGCAUGGAUGCUCAAAAUAUGUUUUGGGAGAUAGUGGGUGUGCAUUUGAAGGAUAAUCCACACAUCAAGACGGAGGCAGAAUUGAUUAUCAAGUUCUGCAGUGGCAUGCCAUUCCUGAUAAAGAUGAUAGGAAACAACUUGGCAACUAAAAUCAGGUGUCAACCAACAAAUGCAGACAUUGUUGCAAUAUGGCGGAAUACAAAGCAUAAAUUAUAUUCACCAACUGGGAAACUGAAGCAAGAAUUGGGAGAAGUUUACAAAUUACUUCAAGUUGAAAUGGAAGAGCUAUCAGAAGAUGAGAAGCCUUGCUUUCUAUAUUUGGCAAAUUUUCCUGCUGGUCAUGAGCUUCAUAUGGAUUAUAUAAUCGAGUGUUGGAGAGUAGAACAGUUUUUAAAUGAAUUGCAAAAAGCUUGGGGAGGCACGAGAUGAGGGGCGUGAUAUAUUGCUUAAUUUUGUAAACAAACUCUGCUGGAAAAGGGAACGAAGAUGGGACGAUAUAAGAUGUUUGAGUUUUAUCAAGGUUGGCAUUUAGAUUUGCCAAACACAACGAGAACAAUUAUGUUCAAGACAAGAAAUGGUUAGAGAAAUAAAAUGGGAAGAUGCAACAGGAUCUCAAUGUUUGGCGAUUUGUGCCGACCCUGUCUGCUAGAUAAGCCCAAUUCUGAAAGAAUCUUAACAUUGUUACUUCAGGAAAUUAAUAGCUUGGCAAAAUUUCCAGGAUCAUUCUUUGUGCAUAUGGUUGCGCUUCAACUUCUGACUUGUAUAAAACGAAGAUCAAAACUCUUCCACCAUCCAUCUCCAGUUUGAGAAAUCUCAAAGCAAUGUUCAUGAAGAAUCGUGAUCAAUUAAUAGAGCUUUGUGCUGAGGUAGGAGAACUUCAUAGUCUUGAAAUCCUUGACAUACGUUAUACUGGAAUUUAUAAUUUGCCUAUGGAAAUAGGAAAGUUGACUGCUCUCAAGUGUUUGAGAGUUUCAUUUAAAAAAGAUAUUGGGAACCAGAACCAUGUUGAUGGUGCGUCAAGGGAGAUGAUUUCUUCUGAUGUAAUUGCUAGACUUCAUUCAUUGGAAGAGUUGGGUAUUGUUGUGGAUCCAACUGAUGGAAGGUGGGACCAAAAUGUGGCACGCAUUGUUGCUGAAAUUGCUGAUCUUAAAGAGUUGACUACUCUUUGUUUUUACUUUCCAACCUUGAGAUGCUUCGAGACCUUUGUUAGUGGCAGUACAUUGUGGAAUGGAAACAAUGCGUGGCAAGGCGAGAGACUCAGAUCAUUCAGCAUUGUUGUGGGUCCUCAACAAGGAAAUUCUCCAACUGAAAUUGAUGUCUCUGAAUGGUCAUCUGAAAAGCGUUUGAGAUUUUCUGCAGGUGAAGCCUUUCCAGAUGCAAUUUUAAAGAUAUUGAAGCAAGCAUUUUCUUUUGAGCUAAUUGCUCAUAAAGCUCCGAACUUAUCAGUCUUUAGUGCUGAUAAUCUGGAAGGGCUUCAAUCAUGUACAAUUGAAGAUUGUCCUGAAAUGAUAAGCAUCAUCGACAGUGACCUUGUAAGCGGUGUUCCGUUUCAAUGCUUAACUGAGUUACACCUAGAUCGUCUUCCAAAAUUGAUGCACAUUUGGAAAGGUGCAAUUGUGUCAGGGAGUCUCAAUAUGCUCAAAACUUUAACACUAAAAGGAUGCCAUGUGCUGGAAUUUUUAUUCUCUCAGGAAGUGGUUACACAUCUUAAGGAGUUGCAGUAUCUGCAGAUUGAGGAAUGCCUAGCCAUUAAGGAAAUCAUCAAGGAUGAAAGUAUAGUUGAUUCCACGGCCUUUUCUAAAUUGAAGAAUUUGGAACUCAUUAAUCUUCCUUUAUUGUCUACUAUUUGCCAUGAUGUGUCAAUCAAAUGGGAUGCUUUGGAGACAUUGAAGAUUAAUACUUGUGUGAAGCUUACAAAUUUCCCAUCUACUUUCCGAACGGCAGAGAAAUUGAGAGGGAUCCAUUGCAGUCCAGAUCUGUGGAACCAGUUGGUUUGGCCGAAUGAUGGCGAUGUUACAAAAGUCAACUUGCAAAGCUGCGUCGACCAUUAUGAGGCAUGCAUUUGCGGAUGGUAA